ACCUGCUACUCCGUAAAGGUCAGGGAGGGAAGGUUUCCGUGCACUUCCAAGCUUCCGUGAAGGAGGGUUCUUGGAAAAUGAGAAAUUGGGUUUGUAUUAUUCUCAGUGCAAAUAUUUCACCAAUUCUCCCUUUUGGACAGCCAAAGAGAAGGGUCUCUAAAUCGUCAACUUUCGCGACGCUCCCUCACUCUGAGCUCCAAGAAGUGAAGCGUGGAGGCCAAGGACUACAUUUCCCAGAAUGCAUUGAAUCUGACCCGGAAGUUUAAGUUCCGAGCUCUGAAAGACUUGUAGCGAGUGAAAAUUUGCAUAAUAUAUGCCUAAAAAUAUACAUUUAAAAAUAGACGUAAAGCAUACAUAGAUACACACGAAAUGUAUUUUUCUUGCUGUUAGCGAAUGUCUUCUUGCCUCGAUGGGAGUCAUUUUUCAGAAACAGCGGCUUCUUGAGGCCACAGAGCAAUUUCCCGGACCUGGAGAGGCGUCAGAGGCGUGAUCCAGGUCAGACAGCGGAGGUCAGAGGGCCGAAUUGGCGGGAGAAUGGGUUCGUGGUCCACGGUCUGAGGCUGCGGUGGCUCUUCGAGGAGUAACGUGAGGAUUCUUUCUCUUCUGGAAGCAGACAGGACCAAAACAUAGGCAGUGCCAAAGUGGUGACAGAAGAAAUCUUAGGAGAAAGUAUUUUUGCCUUGUACUUGGGAGAACUGCUGGACCUACCAUGGCUCCUGUAAAGAUUAGCCACGUGGUAUCAUUUUCCUCUCAGGAUCCCAAGUAUCCUGUGGAGAACUUGCUGAACCCAGACAGUCCAAGGGGACCUUGGCUCAGCUGCCCUCAGGACAAGAGUGGGCAACUGAAAGUAGAACUCCAGCUGGAGAGGGUAGUGCCCAUUGGCUACAUUGAUGUGGGUAACUGUGGCUGUGCUUUCCUGCAAAUUGAUGUGGGCCGUUCUUCCUGGUCCCUGGACAGACCUUUUGUUACCCUGCUCCCUGCAACCAUGCUCAUGUCCUUAGCUGAUUCAAAGCAGGGGAAAAACCGCUCAAGUGUCCGCAUGUUUAAGGAUGGUGAUUUCCUGGCUCCAGCCUCAGGUGAGUCAUGGGAUCGACUUCGCCUGACCUGCUCCCAACCAUUCACACGUCAGCAGUCUUUUGGCCUGGCCUUCCUCCGGGUGUGUUCCUCCCUGGACUCCUUAGAUGACCCUGUGAGGGCUCCCUCAGCCCCCGAGAGCUCUAGGCUGAGCCAGGGUUCUGAUGCUCAGGAGUCUGGUCCCAGUCCCUGGCUUGCUAAUCCUUCCAUUCGGAGGACAUUCUUCCCAGAUCCUCAGACGAGCACCAAGGACAAUUCAGAGCUUAGGGAUAUCCUAAAGCACCUGCAGCCAGGGUCUUUGGGACGUUCAGCCCGCAUGGUGCUUUCAGCUGCCCGCAGGGUACCCCCUGCGAGUGUGGCAAACACAAAAACCAGCCACGUGGAACCAGGUCCCAGUCACCCAGCCAGCGCAGAGCUCAGACCAGAGGAGCAAAACUCCGUGAAUGAUGUGGGCAGGACAAAGAGACGGAAGGUACAAGCCCACAGGCCUUUAUCCAGCUCGAACUCGAGGCCCAACCAGAGGAGGACAGCAAAGGCAGGUCAGAGAGAACACCACCGACCCCAGGCUCAAAGCAGUGAGGUCCAGGACAGUGCACAGUGCCCCGUUUGUGCAGGCUCCUUCAGCACCGAGGUUCUUCCCUGGCAUGCUGCCACUUGUGGAGAGACCUCCCUGCCUCUCCCAGCCUCGCCCUCCUCAUCACCAUCUUCAUCGCAGUCCGUGCUAUGGGUGUCCUCCCCAGAGAGCUCACCACCCGCUUCCUGGGUCCAGUGCCCUAUAUGCCAGUUGUGGUUCUUAGCAGGAGAAAUAGAAGAACAUGCCAGCACAUGUGGGGAGGUCCCACAGACAUGAGCCAGGAAGUCCUAUGGUUUUGGCCUCCCCACCCUCUAUGACUGACACUGGGGCGUGGACCUCACAACAACUGAGAAGAGCUGAUAAUGCCAAGCUGCCCUCUCUUCUCUCCACUGGUUCCCUCAGGACUCUGCCUGAGGGCACAUCUGGGCCCAACCUGGUCUCCACUCCCAAUUGUCAAGGCUUCUGUCGCUAUGGCACCCUAUUCUCCCAAGACCACUCCAUCCUUUUCCCCUUUGUAACUUCUGGGUUAGAACUGGUGAUCUCUCUAGGGCUUCGGGACACAAUCCAGAAUGCCUUCCUCUCAGUGAGUGAUGCACACCCUCAUGUUCGUUUUCCUGAAAGGAAAACUGAGACCCAGUGAAACAAAAGGACUGCCUAGCAAAUAAGAUCUUGUGGUAUA